CAGAGGAAAACCUCGGUUUGGUGAGGAUAAAUUUCUUUUUCCGUUUGUGGGUUCUGUUUAUCUUGUGUUGGGUUGGUUCGGCUUGGGGUGAAUGGAAAUGGCGUCGAUUCAGAAACAGGAGGCGGAAGAAGAAGACGAGAGGGGUACUGUUGAUCUUAGAAUGAGCGGUGGAGGUGGUGAAGAAGCAAUUGAUGAUAAUAACGGAGAGGAAGACGAUGACAACGGUGGAGUUCCAGCUUCUGAUCCACCAGAGGAGGUUGUGCCACCGGCAUCUACUGCGUCUCCAAUGCAACAACCACCACCCUCGUUGGUGGCGCCGCUAGUGUCUUUAAAAGAAGAGCCAACGGACACAGAGCCAGAGUUGGAGGGGAGACAACACCCGCCCAUUGGCGUAGUACCGAUGGCGAUGCAGAUGCCCAUGCCUAUGCAGAUUAGGAGAUCAGUGACUCCAGGAAGAAGAGCUUCCACCAAAGACCGGCACACGAAGGUCGAAGGUCGAGGACGAAGGAUCCGGAUGCCGGCCACCUGCGCGGCCAGAAUCUUUCAGCUAACCAGGGAACUGGGUCAUAAAUCCGACGGUGAAACCAUCCGGUGGCUCCUUGAGCACGCGGAGCCAGCCAUCAUCGCUGCUACAGGGACAGGAACUAUUCCAGCUAUAGCUAUGUCCGUAGGAGGCACACUUAAGAUCCCAACCUCUUCCUCUAAUCCAGACGGCGAAACGACGAAGAAGAAAAGAAAGCGGGCGGCCACCAGUGAGUACUAUGAUGUCAGCGAUGGAGUUUCCAUAUCUUCGGGUCUCGCUCCCAUUGGAGCGACAGCAGUGGCUGCAGCACCACAAGGUCUCGUUCCUAUGUGGGCAGUUAGUAGUGGCGGGAGAGUUAUCCCUUCCAACGCUGUCGCUGCGGGUACGUUUUGGAUGAUACCUCCUUCUACUGCCAUUGCUGGACCUUCAAACCAGCCUCAACUAUGGACGUUUCCUCCUGCAACGCCACUCAUUAACAUCUCUGCCAGACCUAUUUCUUCUUUCAUAUCUGCUAUGCAACCGGGGAUUAAUUUAACCUCUACAACUCCGGUGGAGGUACAAACUGCUCCGGUCCCUAACAACACCGGUACUGCAGCAGCUGCAGUAACGUCAACAGGAGCAAAAGCGGCUAAGAGUUCUACCAUGGCUCCAAGUUCAAGUUCUACCACAACUACUCAGAUGCUUAGAGACUUCUCUUUGGAAAUCUACGAUAAACAAGAACUCCAGUUCAUGAACCGUCCUGCAACUCAACAAACCUCUUCUUCUAAGCAAUAAGAGUUGGAAAACGGUCAUGAAUUAGUGGAAGAAAUUAGAGCUUACAA